CUGUAGUAAUGUAUCCUUGGUAAAAGUUAAACUCAAUCGACUUUUGUGGCUUCUCGUCUUUAUUUAUGUAUCCUUAAAGUUAAACUUCCAUCAUUUUGUAUACUUCCCGGCUAUUAAUUUUAUGCACAUCCUCUUCAGCAUUUUAGCAAGGUUAUCAAAGGCAUGGAAGGAUCCGGAGCUGGAAGGGGUUUUUUGCGAGUUGGCGCACGUUUGAAUUGCUCGGUACACGGCAACCGAUCCUGAACUGUUUUUGGCAUUGGAUCAUUUUUCCCACCCCUUCCAUUCUGUCGUACCGUGAUUCUGUGAACGUCGAUAGUCAAAAAACGACGGUUGCAGUUGGGGUAUGCGAACAGACGGUCUCAAUGAACUUCACCUCUGCCUCGCUACCUUUCGCUCACAAAAAAUUCAGCAAUAAUCGCAGAGUUGGCUUUGAGGAAAGGAGAGGCAGGUGGUCAAGGUUCAAAGACAAGGUUGUGGAACUCAUUCAGACCGCCAUAAGAGCUCCAACUGGAUCACCUUCGGAUGGACUUGGUGCAGACGGUACAGAAAGCAGCACUUCGACCUCGGUUUUCAUCGCAGCCCAGAAACUGCUCAGUGCGGAAAAGGACGGCGAAGACUGGGAGAUUAACGAGACAGUCAUAAAUGGCGAGAAUCCAGAACUUCUUCGUAAUGAGCGCGAUUCAGGCAGCCCGUUUCGUUCGGAUUCUGGUGGUGGUUCUAUCAGCAGACACUCCGGUGAAAAUGGGGACAGUAACUACGCCUAUCACCCGCCAAGUUUACGCACCAAGUUGCACUGGCUUACCAUGCAAAUUAACUCAUUUUUCAAUCAAAAAUUCGACGAUCCACAAACGGAACUUGAUUUUCGAAAGUUGCGUUGGUAUUCUACUAAAGCAUGGGCUUUUUAUGGAUCCUUGUUUCUGGUGCUCAAUUGGGUUCUGUAUUUGAUACUCAAUUUGGAAAGCACAAGUAAGACCUUGUACGGCCAAAUUCUCUAUUAUGGCGGCCUCACAUUCGUUACUGUUCCCGUUCCUUUCAUGGUCGCAACGGAUAUGCCGUUUCGUCACCGUAUCAUUUUCCAAGUUUGGGUUACCUUCGCUGUGUGGUACUGUGGAUUGAGCGAAACCGUUGAAAUGCGGGUGUGUCACUUUUUUGUGAGACCCAACACCUGUUUCAGAAAAGAUUUCCUCGCAAACAUGUACUACACAACAGCCCUUCCGAGCAUCAUGAUGAUAGUGAUGACGGAUCGGUUAUAUAACGCCAUCGUUCAAGUCAUACAGCUCGUCUUGCUCUUAGCCUUCAUCAUACCCGUUCAAGGCAUAUACGCACGCAAUGUUGUCAGCUUCGUGAUCUUUUCCAUAUUCUCACAAGGAUUGCAUUAUAAUCGUGAAAUAACGGAACGGCGACUAUAUCUUCUUAAUACCCAGCUGAAAAUGGCAUACAAAGCUCAGCAAAAAGCCCAAGCUGCCCAGUUCAAGGCAAGUCAGGCCAAACGACGGUUUGCCUCCUACAUUUUUCAUGAAGUCAGGGUACCGUUGCACAACGCAGCGAUUGCCUUCAACAAUAUGACGACGGAUGAAACGUUUCAAGACUUCGCACAAAAGGAUCAGGGAAUUACAGAGGAUAUUGCAGCAUUGGACGUUAGUCUCGCUACGGUGCAGCAAGUCCUCAAUGAUUCUCUCGAUCUCGAGAAAAUGGACGCUGGGCACUUCGACAUUAAUCCCCGCCCGUUCAACUUGCACCGCGUCAUUCGCUCGACUCUCGGUCCCAUCGCUGUCGCAGCAGCCGCCAAGAAUCUUGACCUACAAAUUAAUUUCGAUGAACGCAUAGACCAAUUACGACCACCGACUGAUCCAACCUCGUCGACUAGCGGUAAAAACUCACAGGGAACAUGGGUCGUAGGAGACGAAGUGCGCUUGCGGCAAAUUUUGACGAAUUUGGCUUCGAACGCGGUCAAGUUCACUCCAGAGGGUACACGGCCUGGGAUUACAAUUAACACGACUUUUGUGUCACAUCGUAGGUCCACAAGCCGGCAUACCAGUGGCGCUGUGGACCAAGAAGAAAAGGCUUUUCCAAUCGAUAAGGUGGUUGAGGAUUUCGAAAAAGGUAAUCUUAGUGAUCGGGGAGGGGAAGAGAAGAAAGAGACGUUCCAGUCCCAAGACGUUCUUGUCUUCAGGUUGGACAUAUCUGAUAAUGGUCCCGGGAUCAAACCAUCGGAUUUAGUCGACAAUCAACUUUUUCAACCGUUUGCUCAGACUAAGGUUGGCAGACUCAGUAAGAACAGUACCGGUCUCGGUCUCGCUAUCGUACGACAGAUUGUCAGUCUUAGUGGAGGCAAACUGGGGGUGAAUUCUCGGCGAGGCAAAGGCGCGACAUUCUGGAUUGAGCUUUUUUACCCCCUUGCCAAGUCAUCAGAGAUCCAGGCCGCAAUAUUACAAGAAGACCGACUUACCACUUCAGCUUUUGCCACUGCAGCCACCAUACACGAGGUCCAGCGCUGGCCUGUCGUUGCCUUUGCUGAAGACGUGAAACCGCCGAUGUUGAGCGGCGCUGUCAGUCAUCAACCCUCUCAUCCUCUUCCCCCUUCUCCUCCCCCGCCGCCUCUUCCCCCACCUCAUCCCCCUUCGUUCUCAUUUUCUCCGCCCUCCGACGCGUCUUUCAUAGCUCCUUCGCUGUCAAGACUGGGAAGUGAUGCUCCGUUGUUAGACAAGCCACGCGUCAGUGAGGGGACCAAUACAGGAAACGAAAAGCUACAUCAGAUACAAGAAACUCCAAAGCCAUCCAAAGCCGAAGUUUCUGCUGCUCCCGAAAACAAGGACAUUGAUGACGACGGGCCUUUGGUCGUGCUUGUCGUGGACGAUAACCUAAUCACCAGGUCGACUAUGACUCGGUCGCUUCAGAAAAAGGGCUGCAUAGUGUAUACUGCUCAAGAUGGGAAAGAAUGUUUAGAUUUGGUUCUAGGGCCGGAUGCUAGAACAUAUGAUCUUAUCUCGUUGGAUAAUGACAUGCCAGUUAUGACUGGGGAAGAUGCGGUGAAAGCGAUGCGGGAAGCAGGGAGACAUGAUGUUUUCGUUGUUGGAUGCACCGGGAACGCGUUAACAGAUGACCAAAAACGAUAUUUGGACGCUGGGGCGGAUGACAUCCUCAUCAAGCCUAUCAAUUUCAAUCGACUCCCUGAGAUAAUGGAAACUGCCCGACAGAGACGGCGGCAACGGCGCACAGCAAAAUCAACAAAAUCAUGACAUUCAUUGGUCCCAUGUCUUUUGUAAAAGGUAGAGGCAAUGGGAUUAUACCUUUUCACCUUUUUCUUCCCUCUUGCAACACAUGGACCGUGCAUCGAUAUUUCUUCAUCAUAUUUAUAUUCACGAUUCUACAUGCAAACACGAUGAUAUUAUUUAUACACUGUAGGGUUACAAAUAGGGAGGGUGAAUGCGGUAACGUAGAUUCUUCUUUUUCUUUUGGGGCUCUUCUCUUUGCUGGGUGUUUUCUUGCCGUCAAUGAUGUGCUCUUGGUUUA